UCUCUCUCAGUCUCGUAUAUUUAAAGCUGGCUCCUUCCAGCCUCUGCCCAUUUCGAAUAUGACAAUGGCUCUUCCUCCUCUCCCAGUUUCCAUCUCAUUCUCUGUUGUGAUCCUGAUCGUUGCAUACAAUCUGUAUCAGCGGCUCAGAUUCAAGCUCCCCCCAGGUCCACGUCCAUGGCCGGUAGUCGGCAACCUCUACCACAUUAAGCCGGUUCGGUUCCGGUGCUACGCCGAGUGGGCUCAGUCCUACGGACCCAUCAUAUCGGUCUGGACCGGAUCCACGCUGAACGUGGUCGUUUCCAACACAGAACUGGCUAGACAAGUGCUCAAAGACCAUGACCAGAAACUGGCCGACCGGCAUCGCAACCGAUCAGCCGCAAAGUUCAGCAAGGACGGUCAAGACCUCAUCUGGGCCGACUAUGGGCCCCACUAUGUCAAGGUCAGGAAGGUCUGCACUCUUGAGCUUUUCUCUCCCAAGAGGAUUGAGGCUCUCAGACCUAUUCGGGAAGACGAGGUCACCGCCAUGGUCGAGUCCAUUUACAAAUACUGUACCGAUGCUGAAAACUAUGGAAAGACCUUGCCAGUGAGGAAGUAUGCGGGAGCAGUGGCUUUCAACAACAUAACAAGGUUAGCCUUUGGGAAACGAUUUGUAAACUCAGAGGGUGUGAUAGAUGAACAAGGGCUAGAAUUCAAGGCCAUUGUCGCCAAUGGGCUCAAGCUCGGUGCAUCGCUUGCCAUGGCCGAGCAUAUUCCAUGGCUGCGUUGGAUGUUCCCACUGGAGGAGGAGGCAUUUGCCCAGCAUGGGGCACGGCGAGACCGACUCACUAGGGAAAUCAUGGAAGAGCACACACAGGCACGCAACAAAAGCGGUGGUGUUGCCAAGCAGCAUUUUGUGGAUGCCUUGCUUACCUUGCAGGACAAGUACGACCUUUCUGAGGACACUAUUAUUGGACUUCUUUGGGAUAUGAUUACUGCAGGCAUGGACACCACGGCGAUUUCUCUUGAAUGGGCCAUGGCAGAGUUGAUUAAGAACCCAAGGGUCCAACAAAAAGCCCAAGAGGAGCUAGACCGGGUCAUAGGGUUCGAACGUGUCAUGACAGAAACCGAUUUCUCGAGCCUCCCGUAUCUACAAUGUGUAGCCAAGGAAGCGCUACGGAUGCACCCUCCAACCCCAUUGAUGCUCCCCCACCGAGCCAAUGCCAAUGUCAAGAUCGGCGGCUACGACAUCCCCAAGGGUUCAAACGUACAUGUGAACGUUUGGGCCGUUGCCCGUGACCCAGCGGUAUGGAAGGAUCCCCAUGAGUUCCGACCCGAAAGGUUCCUAGAGGAGGAUGUGGACAUGAAGGGCCAUGAUUUUAGACUGCUUCCAUUUGGAGCGGGACGACGGAUAUGUCCCGGAGCCCAACUUGGUAUCCAAUUGGUGGAGUCCAUGUUGGGCCAUCUAUUGCACCAUUUCUGUUGGGCUCCUGCUGAAGGGGUGAAUCCACAAGAGAUUGACAUGUCAGAAAGUCCAGGGCUUGUGACUUACAUGAGGACCCCAUUGCAUGCUGUGCCUACGCCAAGGCUGCCAUCGCACUUAUACAAACGUGUGGCAGCUGAAAUGUAAUCACUCUUUGUUUCUUCUUCCUCUCUUAUUUCCUUUAAGCCAAACUUGAGAGGUUAUAUUUUAUCGAGAUUUACACCCAUCACAACAA